CCCGGCCGCCUCAGCCGGGGCCGCCUCACCCCGGGCCGCCUCACCCCGGCCGCCUCACCCCGGGCCGCCUCACCCCGGGCCGCCUCACCCCGGCCGCCUCACCCCGGCCGCCUCAGCGGGGCCGCCUCACCCCGACCGCCUCACCCCGGCCGCCUCAGCCGGGCCGCCUCAGCCGGGGCCGCCUCAGCCGGGGCCGCCUCAGCCGGGGCCGCCUCACCCGGGGCGCCGCCGCUCCUGUCCCCGCCCGCUCACACUCCCCCUCCCCGCAGGACGGGUCUCCCCCCGCGCUCGGUGAGUGAGCGUCGCGGGGCGGGCGGGACGAGCUCCCCUUCCCCCGCGGACGCGAUGCAGCGGCGAGUCGUGCUGCGGCUCCGCCGCGGGGUUAUUCCGGGUGAGGGAGGAAGCCGCAGCUCCGGGGCCGCCCCCGGGUCCCGUCGCCAUCCCCAUCCCGCCGCGGCCCGAGGAGGAGCCGCGCACCUGCCCGCCCCCUGCCCGCCCCGUUUCCCCGCCGCGGGGUCGGCGGCAGCGGUGCGGGUGUAGCGGUGCAUCCCGCAGCAUCCCGUGCGCCGGGGCCGACGCUGCGCCAGAGCCGCCUGUGCCAGUGAGAAGGGAAAGCCCAGCUUCUCCCAGCUGCAGCCAUGGAAGGGGGUGUGCAGCUCCUCAACCGCGACGGCCACAGCAUCUCGCACAACUCCAAGCGGCACUACCACGAUGCCUUCGUGUGCAUGAACCGCAUGCGGCAGCGCGGGCUGCUCUGCGACAUCGUGCUGCACGUGGGCACCAAGGAGAUCAAGGCACACAAGGUGGUGCUGGCCUCCUGCAGCCCCUACUUCCACGCCAUGUUCACAAAUGAGAUGAGUGAGAGCCGCCAGACCCACGUGACGCUGCACGACAUUGACCCCCAGGCCCUGGAGCAGCUGGUGCAGUACGCUUACACGGCUGAGAUUGUGGUGGGCGAGGGCAAUGUGCAGACUCUUCUUCCUGCUGCCAGCCUGCUUCAGCUCAAUGGUGUGCGGGAUGCUUGCUGCAAGUUCCUCCUCAGCCAGCUCGACCCCUCCAACUGCCUGGGGAUCCGGGGUUUUGCUGACACACACUCCUGCAGUGACCUCCUCAAGUCUGCACACAAGUAUGUCCUCCAACACUUCGUGGAGGUGUCCAAGACAGAGGAGUUCAUGUUGCUGCCUCUUAAACAGGUGCUGGACCUCAUUUCUAGUGACAGCCUCAAUGUGCCAUCAGAGGAGGAGGUGUACCGGGCUGUGCUCAGCUGGGUCAAACAUGAUGUGGACAGCAGGAGACAGCAUGUCCCCAGACUCCUCUCCCCUCAGCUGAUGAAAUGUGUGAGGCUGCCACUGCUGAGCCGGGACUUCCUCAUGAGCAACGUGGACACGGAGCUGCUGGUGAGGCAUCACUCAGAGUGCAAGGACCUGCUGAUUGAGGCCCUCAAGUACCAUCUCAUGCCUGAGCAGAGAGGGGUCCUGAGCAACAGCAGAACGAGGCCGCGGCGCUGCGAGGGGGCCAGCACUGUGCUCUUUGCUGUGGGUGGGGGCAGCCUGUUUGCCAUCCACGGGGACUGCGAGGCCUACGACACGCGCACGGAUCGCUGGCACAUGGUGGCCUCCAUGUCGACCCGCAGGGCCAGAGUGGGAGUCGCUGCCAUCGGGAACAAGCUGUAUGCUGUGGGCGGCUAUGAUGGGACCUCUGAUUUGGCCACAGUGGAGUCCUACGAUCCUGUCACCAAUUCCUGGCAACCUGAGGUGUCCAUGGGCACCAGGAGGAGCUGCCUGGGUGUAGCAGCACUUCAUGGGCUUCUCUAUGCUGCUGGGGGUUACGAUGGGGCCUCGUGCCUGAACAGCGCAGAGCGGUACGACCCUCUGACAGGCACCUGGACGUCCAUCGCUGCCAUGAGCACCAGGAGACGCUACGUCCGGGUGGCAACACUAGAAGGCAACCUCUAUGCUGUUGGGGGAUAUGACAGCUCAUCCCACUUAGCCACAGUAGAAAAGUAUGAGCCCCAGGUCAACACCUGGACGCCCAUCGCCAACAUGCUGAGCCGCCGGAGCAGUGCCGGCGUGGCCGUGCUCGAGGGGCUGCUCUACGUGGCUGGUGGCAACGAUGGCACCAGCUGCCUUAACUCUGUUGAGCGCUACAACCCCAAAACCAACACCUGGGAGAGCGUGGCACCCAUGAACAUCCGUAGGAGCACCCAUGACCUGGUGGCCAUGGAUGGGUGGCUGUACGCUGUGGGUGGCAACGACGGGAGCUCCAGCCUCAACUCCAUCGAGAAGUACAACCCCCGUACCAACAAGUGGGUAGCAGCCUCGUGCAUGUUCACCCGCAGGAGCAGCGUGGGGGUGGCAGUGCUGGAACUCCUCAACUUCCCACCCCCCUCCUCACCCACCCUGUCGGUGUCUUCGACGAGCCUUUGACACAGAAUCAGGACGUACCUUACCUCAGGGGGACGGGGGUGCCUGGCAGAGCGCCAGGCCAGCGUGGCCCGUCCCGAGGGGCAGCCAGUCGCUGUAGGAGGAGAGCGAAGGCCCCAGCUGCUGCCAUCAGCCCCAGCAGCCCUGUGAGCUAUCCCCCAGCUCCUGGUGCACACAUGGGAUUGGCACGACCACAGCAGUUAGAAACGUGCUUCCUGGCUGAGCACCCUUCUUCUAGAGGGCGAGGAGAGGGGAUGCUCUCUGCUCCGUUCAGACCCAUCUCACCACUCACCCAAAGGCCAUACAUAGAUUUUCCUCUGGGGAGGGGAAACUUUCAAAACCAUUGCUGCUUCUUGGAUUCGAGUGAUCCAGCCAGUGCCACACGUGAGCACAGCCAGCCUGGGAGGCUUCCAGGAGUCCUGUGUGGUGGCAGAGGUGGAAAGCACUCCUCUCAAGGACAAGGCUGAAUGUCCAACCGCUCCUCUGAAUGUCACCGUAGCCAAACUCCUUUACCAAGCCUGUUGUGCACUGUUAAAGACUCUGAGGCCACUGUCUGGUUCUCACUGGUGUCUAACUGAUGCCUUAAAAUACACAAACAGAAGCAGCCCAGCUAUGGGACGGGGCCUGGAGGAGAUGAGGUUUGAAGACACAACUGGAUGCAGCAUCCUGAACGUUCUGAUGUUUCCAUACUCAGCUGGCCUCGCCUCAUUCGCUCAGGGCCCAGCUCAGCGUUGCUCUGGGGAGUCCCUGGCCAGGCAGGGGAUGGAUGAUGCUGCCCCGGGUUCAAAGGGACUGUGUGGCUGCCUGCUCUCUGCACGUGGUCCCUGCGAAGGGAUCGGCCUCUUUGCUGUUCCUCUCUCUGCAAAGCAGACCCUGGCUUUAUGGAAAGGUGUUAGCUCUUAAACAACAUCACUCCAGCCUCCUAAAGGAGGAGGAUUCCCUGGCAUUACUUUAUUUAUGAGGGGGGGGUCUUCAUAGUUUUUUACCUUUUCUCUUUUAAUUUGAGCACUAACAUUUUCAUGGAUGCCUUCCCAUCCCUUUGUGUUUGCUGCUGUGCCAGCAUUCCCUGUCCCAUCUGCUUUCAGGGCAGCAGAAGGGAUGUAACUCCUUUUAUCAUUUGUUGAUGAGAGGGUGACUGUGUCCUGGAAGAUGUUCUCUCUAGAUGUGUGUGGGGGUGUGUGCGUGUGUGAGACACCGUAUGGACGCUGAAAGCAGCCUGGAAGGGACCAUUUGCAAUUAGCAACUCCCUGGCAAUUAAGCAACUGUUUUAAUUAACUAAAGGUUGAAUAAAUUAGUACUGUAUGUCACAGGCCUGUUGUAGACCCACCUGUGCCGUGGAACCUCUUGGGUGGUGUUUGUGAAGCAUCUGCUGUAGGGUAUGUGUCUGAGCCUUGAACUGAGACGUAUUAUCAGGUGUUCUCCACGUUACAGAGGAAUGAUUCAACCACUGGUACCUCAAUAGUGUUCAAAUGUAGCAUUGGAAAUAUGGUCUAAGUGUUUGGAGCUGUUUCCUUUAUCCUUUCUUCCCUUGUUCCUUCUCAUUUACAGAGUUCAGGUUGCAUGUGUGGUGGAAUUCGUUGGCCCGGAUUUCCAAGUUUCUAGAUUCUUCUUUUCUCUUUGGGGUGCAAAGAAGGUUUGAGAUGAGACAGGGACUCCUCAACUUCAUUGUUUUUAUGGUGACCUGUUUUUUCCUGGACAGGUGCCUGCAUGUCUUACAAGCCCACUUAACAGUGCCUAACAUUGGACAUGAAAUUACCAGCAGCUUCUGAAAAUCCGGGCUGCUUCUGC